UUCUGCACUGCUCUCAUUUUCUUCUUCAUCUUCUUCUUGAAUUCCUUGCAAUAAUUACUCCCACGCUUCAACAAAAUGCCCAUAACUACGACUAGUAUCGUCGUUAUCAUCAUGCUACAACUAUCCUUACUUAUCGCCGCCGCAUAUUCCCGCGCUCCGCAUGCUUCUGUUGGUUCCACAGACGGCGGCGGCUUCCCUGCGGCUGAUCGCCGCCGUACUUUGGCCGAUGUGGUUGGAGGUGGUAAAGACAUGGAGAAGCCGAUAUUAUGGAGGAGGAAGAUGAUAGCAACCAGCCCACAUAAAUCUCCUUCCGCGCCGCAUAACUUCCCUAAUCAACGUGGAUCGUCGUUGAAUGGCAGGAGGCUCUCAGACACUUCAUCGGAACCCCAAGACCGACAACCACCGUCUCCGGCGACAAAGAACAGCGGCAUGGGCGGUGCAGGUGAUGAUGACGGAAUGACCAAAAUGAAAGAGGAAAAUAUGAGCAGUUGUGGAGGAAAGCAUGAGCAUGGUGAAUAUGGAGUGGUUGCCAGAAGAUGUCGCCGUUGGAGGAGGUUGAUCGCCGCCGGUGGAAGCGAUUCUCCACCGUCUCCCGGCUACCAUCGCCAUUAAGUUAUGAUUACUAUUAUUAUUAUGUGUUACUUAGCAUGAGCUACAUCAUUAUUGUAUGUGUUUAAGUUUAAAUUUAUUUUACGUUUAUCA